AUGCCACACAAGAGGGCGAAGCACUCAGAUCGAGUGGCUAAGCGCUUCUCGCUCGGCCAGGAUCUCGCACCGGGUGCAGAUGACGGCUUCUUUUCCGAGAUGCCCAAGGGAGCCAUGCGCAUCCUGCAAGGCGCCAAGGUUCAAGAAGCGUAUCGCGCCAAGCUUGAAGCAAGGAAGAAGGCUGAACAGGAUGCACUUACAAAAGGCCGCAAAAGCGAAAGCAAAGUCUUGGACGCAUCAGCAGGCGAUUCCAAGGGCGACAAUGCAUCUCAACUCACUAUUCGUCCUGGCGAGAAGCUACGCGACUUCAAUGCUCGUGUAGAACAAGCUAUGGCAGCAGACGUCCAUGCCACGUUUCGUUCGGCCUCGAGAUCGCAGAUCAACGCUCGUAAGCGCGAGCGCAGGAAACUUCGCAAAGCAGGUAUUGAUCCGGAUGCCGAUCCCGAGGAUUUAGAACAUCAAGAGUCGACUCGCAAAGCCAAGGCUGACAAAGCGGCUGCAUUGCAAGCCAGCGAGCCUUCUAGUAUCGAUCUCAAACGUCAACGCCAGGCUUUCCAGCAGACUGGCGAAAUCAAGGACUUUGCCAAAGCUAGUCAAGUCAAGAAGAUCAACGACGUCGCACAAGCUCCUCCCACGCUCACACGCGCCCCUCGUGGCGAGUCGCUGCAGGCCAAGACGAGAAAGGCCCGACUCAUGGCCAAGAUCACUGGCAACGACGAAGAGGAGGCCGAACGCAAAGUCAAGCAAGCCGAAAAGGAUCGACAGAAGGGACGUGUUCCUGAAAAGCUCGCCGCUAAUCACUCGUUUUCGACUGCUGGCAAGAAGCGCAAGGCAGCUGACAGGCCUCAGUCAGCACUGGAGCCCAGCAUGGCACGACAGCGAGUGCUCGAAGAGGAGCGCGACAAGGUCAUCAGAGCCUAUCGCCAGAUCAAAGAGAAGAAGAUCCAAGAGAACCAAUCGAAGCAUCCCAAGAAGGCUUGA